AUGGCGAAAAAUGUUUCAAGAAAAUCAUCGCAAAAAGUAGGAAGAAAGCAACCAUUACCAAGUCCAGAAAAAGCAGAAGCAUCUGAAACAACUGCACAAUAUUUAAAAGGAAUAAAAGCAAUAAUAAUUGAACAAGGUCUGGGCAAAACUAGGGCUAGCAUUUUGGGGAAACAGCUGGCUAGACAUGGCGGGGUUGAAGUAACAAAACUAAGCGACGAUACUACGCAUGUUUUAGUGGGGAACUCUAUAAAGCUUGCCAAGUUGGCUGGCAUUUUGAAAGUGAAAGAAAUAAGCGAGAAAAUUAAAGUAGUUCGGGCUGACUGGUUGAGUGCUUCCUUGAAAGAUGGUAGGCUAGUCGAUUUUACAUCAUUUAGUUUGAGAGAAAAUGAUGCUGGUCGAAGUAAGACAAUUCACACUAGUACAGAGGGUAUGUCAUGUAAAACACAAGGAAAACGAAGCAGAGAUGCUCUUGACGAGUUACCAUGUACAGAUAUUAAAGAUAAUACUGAUUCAAACGGAUUGUCUGAUUGUCAAAUGCCGACAACUUCAAAAGGUGGUUCUGGUUGCAAACGUCGGAAGGUGGAAACAGAUGGUGACAGUGAUUAUAUAAAUAGUGAUGAUGACACAGAAGAAGGGGGGACAGACAGUAGUGACGAUGAUGGUGGAAUGAAACCUACCGAGAUCUCGCCUCAUAUUUCACCUCAUAAGAAGGUAGAAAUGAAGAAAAAAAUCCUUUGUGUCACUAAUCAAUGAUUGGAAUGUUCCAUUGUCCUUUCAUUGUUUUGAAAAGCCCUUUGUUCUUCAUGUAAUCCAGUCAAGAUCCAGUGAUUGGAAUGUUCCAUUGUCCUUUCAUUCUUUUGAAAAUUUUGCUGUUCAUUCAUUGUUUUGACUUUUUUUUUGCAUUUUUGCAAAGCAUCAUAUUGUAAAUUUGGAUAUUUUAGGUUUUAUUGCAGAAUUCAAAUAAUCACUGCAUGAACAUUAAUGCAGGUUAAUAAAACAUGCUGUAUUGCCAAUUCAAGACACCUGUGCUCACUUGCAUCUACCCUAGUUUAAGAUAUACAACUGUUACAAGACCAUUAUGUACAUGGUGAAUAUUUUCCAUAACAUUUCUUUUAUUUUAGGGUGAUACAUGGAUCUGCACAAAGCCAUCUUCAUCCAAACCAGAAAAUGUCAAUCAACAUAUCACUGAAAAGUUAGAG